AUGAAUGGUUAUAAGAUUGUUGGCACUUUACUAGUGACAAAUGAGAAAUUGAAGAAAAAUGAUGGAGCAACAAAAGCUGAUACAUCAUGCUACAGAAGUUUGAUUGGAAGCUUAUUAUAUCUCAUAGCCACACGACCAGACAUAAUGUAUGUUGUAAGUCUUCUUUCAAGAUUUAUGCAAAGUCUAAACCAAAUCCACUUUGGAACAACAAAAAGAAUCCUAAGAUAUUUACAAGGCACCAAAGAGUAUGGUAUAUGGUACCAAACCAUGGGCAACUCAAAGCUGCUUGGCUACAUCGACAGUGAUUGGGCAAGAUCGAUCGACAACAUGAAGAGCACAUCUAGUUAUGCAUUCUCACUAGGAUCAAGAACAAUCUCUUGGACUUUAAAGAAGCAAGCAACUGUUGCACAAUCAACAGCAAAAACAAAAUAUACGACAACUGCUAAGACUACAAGUCAAGCAAUAUGGUAA